AUGUACCGAUGCAGUCGCCCCCACUGUCUCCCGACCCUCCGCCGAUACGUCGUUGCAAACUUCGAAACGUCCAGCGAUUGUGUUCGUUGCUUCAACCGUUCCUCCGCCCUCGCCGCUAUCAGUUUCUUCAAAUUCCUUCUUCGCCAUCAGAGAGCAAGUGCGGAAGGUGCUCCGAAGAGGCUAACCUUCGAUGAAAUUCAGAGCAAGACAUACAUGGAAGUGAAGGGAACCGGAACCGCAAACCAAUGCCCCACCAUUGAAGGGGGAGUGGAAUCAUUUUCCUUCAAGGCCGGGAAGUACAAUGCCAAGAAGUUCUGCCUUGAACCCACUUCAUUCACAGUGAAGGCAGAGGGAGUAGCCAAGAACGCCCCACUUGAGUUCCAAAACACCAAGCUCAUGACACGUCUGUGUAAGAUCAAUCUGACCUACACCCUCGACGAGAUCGAAGGAUCCUUUGAGGUUUCCUCUGAUUUCACUGUCAAGUUAGAGGAGAAAGAUGGCAUUGACUACGCUGCUGUCACAGUUCAGCUUCCCGGUGGCGAGCGUGUUCCGUUCCUUUUCACCAUCAAACAGUUGGUAGCAUCUGGGAAGCCAGACAGCUUCAGUGGGGAGUUUCUAGUGCCAUCAUACCGUGGAUCUUCUUUCUUGGACCCAAAGGGAAGAGGUGCUUCAACUGGUUAUUGUAAGAUCAAGUUUUGA